UUAUUCACACCAAUUGGCAUACACGACAUGCGCUAUCUGUCUAGUCGAUUACGCUCAAGGUCAUGUACUUGUCAAGCUGCCAUGCGGCCACACAUUCCACAAGAAGUGUUUUACGACUUGCUUCCCAUACCAAUUGCCGUCCACGUCACAAGUCAGGCCGCGACUAUGCCCUCUUUGUCGCUCGGAGCUUGGUCACUCCG